UUUUGUCAGUGUCUUCGGAGGGAGAGAGAUGGAGUCAGUGACUUUGAAUGGCUCCGAAGACGAAGAAUGGCUUGAAUGCGAGAGUGUGUAAUGGUGUUGGGUUUGCGUGUGAGCCGUAAUGUUGUUUUUAUGUGCCAGGUUAGCAGCCAGUUUGUUGCCCCUGCUCUGCCGUCUUUCUGGUGGCUCUGCCUUCGCCUCCGCCUCCGCCCCAGGCCCCUGCCAGUGACGGAGACGCCUCUGGCAUUUUCAUUUUUCUCAAACCGAACCGAACCGAACUGAAAAAGUCAUCGCAAGUCAGGCAGUUAGGCAGUCAGGCAGCCGCGCAGUCGCAGUCGCUGCUAGAAAUUCACUCGGCUUGGGGAUUUACUUUCCGCUCCGGCUGGGCCUGGAACUACCAGAUACCAGAUACCAGAGCCAUUUCAUUGUUAUUUUCGACACUGCUCUCUAGCAGCUUAAAAAGUGAAAACCCACCGCCCACCAAUAAGCGCCACAACGUAUCUACAAGAUACAAUUAUUUUUCCCUCCACCCUCUCGGAACACAGGUGCGACAACAGUUACAGAAUGCGUCAGCUGUGCGGCAGCGUCUAUACCUGGAACUGUGCCGGGGAACUGUACGCCAUCGAGUGCUCCUUGUGCGAAGAGCGUCCUUUGUGCGCCCUCUCCGAGUUCCCAGAGCACAUGGAUGUUUGGCACUCGGACUGGCAGGCCCCCGACGAAGAUCCUGCCACACCUGCCGCCUCCGCCGCCGCCACCGCCGCCGCCUCUCCAGCUCCCCAACCCGAGGACGAGCUCAUGCAGGAGGUCCUGGCCGAGCAGGGCAUCAACGGCGAGGACAACGAGCUGAAGCAGCAGCUGGUCCUCGAGCUGAACUCCAGCGAGGAGGAGCUGCUCUCCGACGACGAGGAGCUCAUUGAGGAACUUCAAAUUGCAGAGGAGAGGCCUACCCCGGUAGAGAGUCCAGAAAACAUGCCGGAUUCCACCACCAAUCUGGAGGAACCAUCAUCUCCAGUUCCCGAGGGCCAACGCCUCACCACCCAGCACGUCCACCGUCUCAUCGAACUGUACAGGUCGGAGCCCCGGCUCUGGAACCAGACCCACGCCCAGUUCCGGGACAUGGAGCUGUGCCGGGAGUCGUGGCGGCGCAUCACCGAAUCCUGGAGUGCCUACUGCGGCCGAAGUUUCAGUGUGACGGACGUCCGGAUCCGGGUGUCCACCCUGUGCCAGCGAUUCCUCAAGCAGCGAGAGCGCCUCGAGGCGGACGGCGGAGAGCUGGACGAUGCGGCCAAGUUCGUUCACUUCGAUCAGCUGAGCUUCCUGUGUGAGCAGCAGUCCCUGCUGAACCGGCAGAGGCACUACGUCCGGGAGAACCGCCGGCUGCUGGAGCUGUACGAACACUAUCCGGUUCUGUGGCACAACGCCCACAAGAGGAUCCGGUGUCCGGAGACGGUGAAGCGUCGCCACGAGGCACUCCGUGGCCUCCAACUGGCCCUGCGAUUGUCCGGCAUCAGUCUGUCCCCGGUGGUCAUCCAGAGGAGGCUGCAGUCCCUGAGGAAACGGUAUCGCCUGGAGAAGAUCAGCUAUCUGCACAGUGUGGUGGCCGGGAAGCAGGCGGAGUUCGUAUCCGGAUUCGAGCAUUACGGGGAGAUGGAGUUCCUCAACAAGCACAUCGAUCCCUAUGUCUGUGCGGUGUGUGGAAAGAUCUUCGAGAACCUGGCAGGACAUCAGGCCCACGUCCAAAGCAGCUGUGAGCAGGAUGCCAAGACAACGGAGGAGACUCCUUCUCAGGAGGUCAAGGAUCCCCUCUCACCGGACAAGAAGGACACUGAAAAAGAGAAGGAAAAAACGGAGCCAGCAGAGGAUCUACCCUCUCUGGAGGAGGCUUGUGCCGCAGUCUCCAGCGAGCUGGACACUUCCAUGGGUGGAAGGUCCUCUCUGGGGGAGGAGGACUCCACCUCGGAAGCAGCCCGUCUUCGGAUGAGCCCCGAAGACACCCAGAUCCUGGUCCAGCUCUAUCGGAGUCAGGUGUGCCUCUGGGAUCCCAACCACCUGGACUACCAUGCCCGGAAACAGCGUCGCCUGGCCUGGCAGAAGAUCACCGAGGAUCUGAACUCCAAAAGGGGACAGACUCUUACCUGGCAGCAGGUGCACCGCAAGAUCAUGGACUACACCAAGUACUACAAGAAGGAGAGGACCCGAAGCCAGGAGGAGCCCAAGGAAGGCGAUCCGCCCAAGGAGCCGUGGACACUGUACGAGGAGUUCCGCUUCCUCGACGAUGUCCUGCCCAUCAGCAGUGAGCUCCACAAGACCACCAAUCAGAGGGAGAGCAACCUGAAGAUCAUCUCCGUGUAUCAGAGCUACACGCAGCUGUGGUGCACGGAUCAUCCGGACUACACCAAGCGCCGGCAACGCCAGAGGCAGCUGGAGUCCUUGUGCAACCGGCUGCAGGAGGAGUGCAACAUCCAGAUGACGGUGGAGCGCCUGAAGAGUCGACUCAUUGACUUCCGGUGUCAGUAUCGACACUGCAAGGAGGCCCGGAUGGAGGCCCUGAAGAAAUCCGAGGACUGGACGCCCACCUACGAGUUCUACGAGCCGUUGCGCUUCCUGGAGCUGCAUGUGGCACCGUUCCAGUGCCAGGGGUGUCCGGCGAACUUCAAGAGGCGCACCGACUUCCUGCAGCACGAGCGGAACGUGCACACGGACGUGGAGCGCAGCCUGGACGGUGAGUUCCGGUACGUGAAGCGACGACGCGGCAAGAAGUUCCAAGAGGACCAGGACCAGGACCAGGACCUGGACCUGACCAAUGUCUGCCACAUUUGCGGCCUCAAGUUCACCCUUCGCACCAGUCUGGUGGCCCAUCUGAGACGCCACCUGGGCCAGAGGAGUCAUGCCUGCGGCGAGUGCCCCAAGAAGUUCUUCAACUCCACCUCCCUGCGCGUCCAUCAGCGCAGCCAUACCAAGGAACUGCCCUACGUCUGCGAGCACUGUGCCCGGGGCUUCGUCAAUGCCAGCAAACUGAAUCAGCACGUGAAGCGGCAUCGGAACCAGAGGGACUUCCCCUGCAACCGAUGCGACAAGGCCUUCUAUACGGCCCACGAACGGGAUCGGCAUCUGCGGGCCCAUUUGAACAUCCGGGACAAGGUGUGUCCCUACUGCUCCCGGGCCUUUGUCGUGGGCAGUGCCUACUACGCCCACUUGAAUCUCCACCGGAGCGAGAAGCGUUACGGCUGCGCCGCCUGCGGCAAGAGGUUCGCCCAGUACGCCGGACUGUACAAGCACCGGAGGCGCUGCCUGCCCGCGGAGGUCAUCGAGGAGUGAGCCUCUAGAGUUGCUCCUCUGAAACUAAUCCCCAACCCUGGAGACUGAAUCACCUCUGGAGUCUGAAAGAGGUGGCAUCUAAAAACCAUACAUUCCGUUCCAUUCCGUGCCUUUUGUGUUCCGUAACCUUAAUACUCUUAGUUUUAGGCUUAAAAAUUAAUUUUUUUGUUUCAAAAGUGGAGUAGAAUCUGUAGUCCACUGCAAUACUAGGAUAGUCCCACAAGAAUAUGAAUAAAGAAUCUAAUCUGAAAGCCACC